GGAAAAUGCACCGGCCAUAUCACACUGCCUAGCUAGCUACCAACUUGCCAUCUAGUUCCCCGUCCGAGAUCAAGAAUCUGCAGGUGCGCCCACACAUCGAUCAAGAUGGCAGAGCUGUUCCACUGUGCGGCCUACGCCCAAAAGAAGCAAGAGAUGGAGGCCACACUUGGGAGGAUUGCGAGGUUGGAGGAGGAGGAAGCCGAGCAAUUUGAUCUGCAGAAGCGCAUACCCGAUGAUGACACGGAUACCUAUCUCGCCGUUGGUGAAACCAUCAGUCGCAUGCAGAAGGAAGCUGAGAGGCACCGAAGGGCACUGGAGCGCAAAGAAACGGAGCUCCAGAACAUGGCCCGCCAGCUCCAGCCCGUGCUUGGCCAGAUCUACCGUGAGUCUGCUUGGAUGGCCGACCUCCUAGCCGUGCCGGAGAGUUCUCUGCAGGGGGAGCAGGUUCUGAAGCGCCGCCGAGCUGCCGUGUUCUUCGAGAUCGAACAAAACGAGGGGGUGGCUCGUGCAGCCGGUCCGGACAUCGCAAUGACCCGUCUGGAUGGACUGCUUAUGCAGCUUCAGGAGCUGGACGAGGAGUACGCGCAAGUGCAUGGAGGGAACUGAUCGAUCGUUGGGGAACGUGGCCGAUAGAUAAUCGAUGGAGUAGGUGUUUAAUUUGUAGUUCGUCUUCUUCAAGUGGCAUUUCCAUGCCAGGGUGCUAGCUAGCUUCGUGUGUUUGUUUUAUGUUGAUCUGUGUUUGUGUCUUCAAGUGGCAUUUCUAUGCCAGAGUUGUAUUCAUCUGCAUGUAUUCCUGUUUCUAGCUAUUUCAGUCCGUGUUUAUUUCCAUCAGUUUGGUAUGCCAUGCACAUUUUCCCA